AUGCCUCCGACUACUUCCGACGUUUGGAAGUACUUUACACGUGCAAAUGAUCGAAAAUCGGCUAAGUGCAACCUGUGUGAGACUACCCUUGCUUAUUCUGGAGGAACUUCUAACCUCCGGAAUCAUCUCAAUGGAAAACAUCCAUCAAUUAACAGUGGAAAUACGGACGAUACAAAAAAGCAAACAUCUCUGUCAGCGUUUGUUUCAACACCGAAAAAAGUGUCAUCGUCUGAAAGUGAGAAAAUAACUCAGUGGAUAGCGAAUAUGGUUGUUAUGGAUUAUAUGCCACUAAGUGUCGUUGAAGGAGAAGGAUUUUUAAGUCUGAUGAAUACUGUAGUGCCAGUGUAUAAUGUGCCAUCCAGGAAUACUAUUCGUUCUCGGAUUGUUAAACGAUAUGAUAGUGAGAAGGACUUGCUAAAAUCAUCUCUCGCGAGUGUAUCUUCUGUUGCUAUAACAACUGACACGUGGACAUCCAAUGCAACAGAAAGCUACAUUACGGCCACAGAGCACCAUAUCGAUAAUGAGUGGCGCAUGAGGAGCAAUGUGCUGCUUACUCGUGCCAUGCCAGAGAGACAUACGGGGGCAAACUUGGCACGAAAACUUCAGGACUGCAUUUCUGAAUUCGGCCUCGUGGGGAAAGUUGAAACAUGUGUACAUGAUAACGCGAGAAACAUGGAUUGUGCUGGACGCAUAUGUGAUGAGUGGAGCGAUCUCGGUUGUUUUGGACAUACUUUGCAACUGUGUAUAAAACCGGCGCUAGAACUACAGAGUGUUUCAAAAACGGUAGCUAAAUGUAGGAAACUUGUCGGCCACUUUAAACAUUCAACAACACUAACGGCCGAAAUGAGGAAACGCCAAGUUACACUGGGUGCUCCCGAGCACGAGCUUCAACAGGACGUUGUUACCCGAUGGAAUUCCACCUACUACAUGUUACAACGUGUAUCUGAGCAAAGACGCGUGUUAACGGACAUUAUGCUGGAUACUAGCAUCACAAGCAAGAAUGAUAGUGCGCUUCUGUUGAAGGAUCACGAAUGGGACAUUAUCAGUGAUCUCUGUGAUGUGUUACGUAUUCUCACGGACGUUACAACGUACAUGUGCUCUGAUCAGUAUGUGUCUUGCUCAGAGAUAUAUCCGAUCGUGUUUGGAUUAAUAAACGGUUGUCUCAAACGCACAAGUGAUGAUAGUGGACUAAUCGCGAAGGUGAAGGACACUAUAAGGGGAGAGUUCAUCAGGCGUUUUAAGCCUGACUCUGUGGACACUGCUUCAACGGUGCCUAUGUUGGCAUCACUUCUUGAUCCCAAGUAUAAACGGCUCGGAUUUCUGACACGUGAACAACGCAAGGCAACUCAUGAAAUGUUGGAAAGUAAAAUCGACGAAAUGCCGUUACGAAUCUCGCGUGAAAGUGAUAGUGAACCAACACCAAAACGGCGCAAACUUGAUUUUCUGUGUAUUGAAUCACCGGAGAAAGACGAUAGUAGUGACGAAAUUAUGUGCUAUCUGUCGGAAAAAAUAUAUAAGGACGUCGAUACUCUAGAGUGGUGGAAAAAUAAUGAACACAGAUUUCCUAAGAUUGCUCUCAUUGCAAAAAGGUUCUAG